AGAAGUCAAGAACACUGAACGUGAACAAACAAAAAAGUAAAAUCUCGUGAAAGCGCUAGGCAAUAGGCAUAGUGUGAAUAAAUAUAUUCACAUUUAAAAGAUCCAAUUGAUAAUCACAAUAAAUUAAACAUGUGCAUGAACUCUUGACUUUUUCAGACUAAAUAAGAUUAAACUUGAGAAAGAUGGUGUCGACGAGGCAGAUGAGUAGUAGUAUAGGAGGCGGUAGUGGAGGCAGUGAUGGUUCGUCUGAUGCAGAAACCGUAACGGUGGCUCGUGUAACUCGCCACUCCAGUGCCUUGCUACCUGGGGGUUCAUCACCUCAUAGCAGUUCAAAAAAUGCUGUUAUACCUGCUCACAAGUCAUUUACUACUAAUAUACUGGAUUUGCCCAUUGAAGUCAUGGAAAAGAUUUUUCGCUAUUUGGGAUUUAAAUCGGUUUCACAGUGUAGAAUGGUUAACCAUCAAUUCAAUACAAUAUGUAGUACCAUUUUGAAUUCAACAUUCCAACGAUUACAAAAUCAGAUGUUGCAUAGAUUUCAAGGUAUAAAGGCAAAAAUGCCAAGAAGAGAGUCGGCCCGAAGAAGUCAUCCAUUGGCAUGUGAAUCAGAUAUCAUUGAAACUUUACACAUGAGACUCAGUUUAUUGCAAAUGACUUUUGGGAAACAUAUUGAACGGAAACACUGUUGUUUCUUCCCUGGGGAGAUAUUAGAUGAAGUGUAUAGUAUCUUAUCAUAUUUAAAAACUACAACAAAGCUAGCAAGGCCUUACAAAGUCACAGAUGAGCUGUUUGAUCUAACAACCAUGGCUAUGGAAUACUUUAAGGAACAUAUUGAGCCUAACUUGCCAGAAAUCACAUAUUUUGGCACUGACUUCUUUGACAUUACAACUGCUUUUUCACCGGGUGAAAGCAGUAAGUCGUAUAUGUGUUUGGACUCGCCGCCGGCCAGUGGGUUCGAGUCGUCGUCGCAGCAGAACGGCGGGAACGCGUCAGGCGACCACCACGCCUCGUCCCUGAACAUGUACAUGGAAGAGAGUCUGCCUCCGUCGCCGCCGCCUCCCCAGAGCAACAUGGUGCUGAGGAAACGGAUACACCGCAUCAAGCAGGGAAUGAAAAAGUACAACGAUCAAUUAUCAGCGCUGCGUAGUGAUCUGCGCAGCUGCAAGCGGAAAACAGCGUUGCAGCAGAAGCAGAUAGCGGAACAGCAGAAGCAGAUCGCAGAACAACAGAAGCAGACCCUGGAGUACGCCAACCGGCUGGACGAUUACGACAAGAAGUCUGAAGAGACCAGCCGGAAAUUUCAGACUUUAUUACAAGAACUGAACAAAUGCAAGACAGAACUUCAAUACUGGCGGUCGCGUUCUCCAGCCGUGCCACCGCUGUGCGCUGAGUGCGGGGCAUCGCUGAGACUGUCGCCGGUCGCGUCGCUCGCUCAGUGGCCAUCGGGAUCGGGCAUGGAAGAGAACGAAACAGAAAAAGCAAGCGGCAGCAAAGAGGACGUGUGUAGCGUUAUCGAGAUUCCUACUGAAGUACCUGUGAAGGAGAGGAAGGAGACUGGUGGUGGGGACGAGGUCGCCCCUACUGCGCCCGUCACUGCGCCCGGCCGCCGUCGCGCCUCCGCUGAUACCAACAGCAAUAGCAACAGCAGCAACACAACGCCCGAACGCAAGAAACGGCGCCUCACCAGACCCAAGAAACAUUGAUGCAGCAACAAACAAGUACGGCUGGGUAAUUAAUUAAUGUAUCAGCAACGCUCAAGUACAAAACAAUUCACUAAUUGAUGGAUAAUCUGUUGCAUUGGUACAGCCGAAGUUAAAAUACAGUAAUAAUCCCAUCGAGGAUUACAUUCUUAUUUCAAGUAGUUCAUUCACAUGUGUUUUUGUGUUGUUUUUUUUUAUUUUGUAUUUCGUGAAGCGGGCCUUUGGGUUUUGUUACUUUAUUCUGAAGAAACUAAUUUUGAAAAAAAUUAAUCCCUGUUUAUGUGAAGUCUAAUUUCAACAACUUUUGUCAGUUGCGGCUGUGUGAUACAGUUUUUGUUUUCAAUGUAUGCUUUCUGUAAUAAAUCACUAUUUAAAAUCUGAUGACAGUUAUCAAAUGAAAACAUAUAUGAAUAUAUGCAUACAUUUUGAAAACCUAUUAGGAUGCAAAUUAGUAACUUUUGUUUUCAAAUAAUUAUUUUAGGGCUAUCUGCUGACUUUAAUUAAAGAUUUAGUAAUGCGAAGAUGCUAUAAAAUAAAAAAUAUUUUAUGACAAUAAAAAUUACCAGAUUGGUUAUUCACCAAUCCCUAUUUAUUGUUCAAAGGUUUUCAAUUCGUGAUUUUUGCAAAUCCUUUAAUUGAAAAGUAAUAUUUAAAACAAAACUACUAAGACAGGUCUAAUUACUGACUUUUAAAAUUAAUUUUAAUCUGACAGGUUUUGCAUGCUUUUAAUAUGCCUGCAUGAUGAUAAUAACUAAGAAACUGUUCCCUUCACAAAAUAAAAUUGAAGCAGAAGAUAUAUAAAGUAAUAUAUAUUUUUCCUAUGACUGUACUGUGGUCAUCUAACUAAACAGUGACAAAAAAGAUGUGAACAUUAUUGAAUGUUUAUUCUCUGACUGGCCUUUCUUUAUAUUCAUAUAAUUUUUUUUAAAUAAUAGAGCCAGAUAAUGGUUACAAUGAGUAUUUUUUUAUUUGUUGCCGAAAAAUCUUGUAACUAAUGAAGAGUUGUUUAAUAAAAUUUUUCAAAAAACUUUUUACAUAUAUGAAAAUACUAGCUUUUAUCCGUGACUUCGUCUGCGUAGACUUUCAUCUCCUAGUCCAUCUCCAGAUAAAUGAUUGUUUACUUCUUAUCAAGUACCUAAAGCAAUGUUUCAUAGUUUAUAUCCGAAAAUGACGAAUUUCUAUGUAAACUUUCAUCCCUUAUUUCAACUUCAUGCCCUUUUUAACAACAAAAGGUAUGCGUCUAUUUUUACACAAAAUAUAAUCACAAUCGAAUUCGGAGUAAGGCGUGAAAACGUGAGUCUGUUUGAACUUUCAUACGAACUUUCAUCGCCACACUUGUCGAAAUUUCUAAAACACUAGAAAAAAUAUUUAUACCUUAUCAAGUGCCUAAAUACAUUUCAUGGUGUCAUCUUCGAUAAUGUCGAACUUCCAUACAGACUUACAUCCCCUAUUUCAACCCCUCCAAGCCUUUUUUGGUAGGUAGCCUAUGUCCUUUCCCAAGCUCUAGUCUAUCUAUGUACUGAAUAUCAUCGAAAUUGGUUCAUUCGUGUAGGCGUGAAAGCGUAACAGACAAACUUACAUUCACAUUUAUGAUAUAUGUAGGAAUUUACAUCGUAUUAUAAUUACUAUUCGAAUAUUGGAGGCCGUUGGAGGGUCAUUGAGGACAGGAGCCUCGGCCUAGAAGUUCGAGAGAAUUCUGAAUAGGAUUGUAAAUGACGGCUCGUCAUCGUUUAACUCUAGUGUCACAGUGAGUGUAGGUCUUCACGAAAAUGGGAGUUUACCUUCAUUUGGACAUCAAUAAACCCUCGGCCAUUGUCCUUAUGUAUGAGGGAUAAGGAAUACUCCCUAAACAAGAUUUCUGAAUCUGAACUCAUUUUGACAGGUUCCUUCAGCUCUCCAAAGGCCAUUUGCGACUUUUCCGUACUCAACCAGACUUUGAUUUAGCGCGUGUACUUAUUGAAAGAGCUAGGCUUGGUAAAGGAUAUAACACACAGUUUCAGUUUUACAUCCAAAUGGCCAAUCUGUUUUAAUAUCAUAAAAAUACUUAUUAAAUUAGGUUACAAAACAAAUUAUAGUGGACGAAAAAGGCAUACAUCACAAAACACUAACCCCCUUAUUCAUAAUGGUCCGCUAACUUUAAACAGCCGCUAAGGAGUGUUUUUUCUCAUUCUGACUUAGGCCAAUAGAAGAAGACAGAGUGAGAAUUAGCAAUGCUUUAAGUGAGCAGACUGUUAUGAAUAAGGGGGUAUAUAAACAUCAUAAUACUAUUUAUUAUAUUAUCUUGUUUCUUUAAGAUAAAUAAGCAAAAUUGAUUUACUAUUGUAAAAUAACGCAAUUAGAAUUAACGUGAAUUUUUUAUUUUUUAUUUAAUGGCACUCAAUGCAUGUCCGUAGGCCAAAAUUAAUAUCGUAUUGUAUUUACACUACGUUCCUUUUAUUUGCUAAUUCGUUUUUUUUCUGUGGUCUGCUUUGAGUAUAUAUUUUACUAACACUUUGGGUAACUAUCUAACGAUAUCGAUUUUUACAUUUUUAUUAUAUACUCCAGAUCAGAGUGCCGUUUGGUUAAUUUGAUGACCGUUUGACAGACAUCUAGUAGUAGAAGAGUAAUUAGUUUUUGGCCAUUCUUUCGAUUGGCAUCAUAAAAGUAGGGGUGUUUUUUUUCUACAUUUAAGUCGGUUCGAUUCCCAGACGAGGCAAGUAAUUUUUAGAAAAUCUUUGAAUGCAGAAGUACUAACUUUUAAAAAUAACAAAGUCUUCUUUCAGUAAAAUAGCCUAUCUUCCAUAUUUAAGGUACUUUCUCUUCAUGUCCCAUAACUUUGGGACACCUGUAUAUAGAUUUUACUUUCAGCUGAAUAAUGAGGGCAUUAUAUAUAUAUAUAUAUAUACAUAUAUAUAUAUUUUAUAAAAUCUACAGCACAUAACAUCACUUAUUUGCUAAAGUAUUGUAUAACAAAACAUGGGCCAUCAAAUAUUUUAUAUUAUUUAGGCAAGACAGAAUUCUUAAGUAGCUUCCUAAAGAUAAACUGAAGCAAGAAAGAAGAAAAUAUCUAUAGCAUACAAGUUAUAUUUGUCAUAUGUUUAGUGUUUAUUUAUAUUAUUUAUUUUCACGUGAUCGUGCGGCCGUUUCAUAAUUUUGGGACAGUUGACGGGACUCAUUUUUUCUAUUUGAAUGAUACCUUCGAGAAUCGGAAGAGUAUUUAUUACUAAUAUUUUCCUACUCCAUUCAAGAAUCCCUUUCUUCAUCUUUGAAGUUAUGUUGUUAUCGCGUUUAAAAAUAUUUUUUAUGUGAGAAACUUUCUAAGAUCUUUUUGGCGAAUACAUAUUGAUAAGUAAAUUUUCGGGGUAUGUUACCUCUAUGGUUAUUUUAUGAUCCGAUAUAUGACCCAAACUGCUUUGACAAACAUCUGCCAUGUUGCUUAUUAUCAUCAGUUGGGCGUUUUUCUCUUAAAAAUUGUACUACUUAUGUUGCUCGGCUCAUUUCACUGUUGAUAAAAUAUUAGGUAAGAGCACAAAUUAAAUUUGAAAUCAAAAUUUAUGAACGAUGCAGGACUCGAACCCGCGACCUCUCGCUUUCCGUGCGAGCGCUCUUCCACUGAGCCAACCGUUGGAGUGACGUAUCUUUGAUAAAUCCUGUAUUUCUUGUUCAACUCUCAAGUUGUGCUUUCAUUUACAGGAUCUACUUUAGAUUCCGCUUCUUUCAUAAUUUUGUUUUAAAAUUUUAUUUGUGAGGAAAAGGAAACAGAAGUUUCGGUUAUCACUUUAAAAAAUAAAAAAUGUUUAUGUAAGAGUAUUGUGUUACGUGCUUGUUCGUCACUAACCUCACAAGAAAAAAAAUAUUCGUUCACUACCCGUAAAACUCCAAAAUCUUUGUGUAAUUCCAGAUACAUUAGACGCACUUCAAAUCGCGUAAUGGUUUGUAAAUACUAUUAUAUCACAUGAUAUUAUUAAUAGUACUUUGUGUGAGAAUUACAAUAGAAAAGGUUUCCACUGCGAUAAUAUUUCUGAAACAGCAUCGAUAGACCCAAAGUCCAUUCGUGCUUUUUAUAUACAAACUAAUUUUUUUUUUGUUAUAUGUACCUACUACGCAGUCCUACAUAAUAACAGUAGUAUUGUAAAUCAAUGUGAAUAGAGUUAAUUAACGGAACGUCUUAUUUGUAAAUAGAGUCUCGUGUAAUGUACAUAUGAAUAUAUUUAUCGUUAUUAUACAUACAACUGUAAAUUGAAUAUUUUGUGACAUGAUAUAUAGUGUAGCGUCAACACAUAAAUUAACUACAUAACUAAUCAACAUAAUAACUAAUAAACAUCAUGCCACUUGAGACAUAUCAACAAUGUUGUGUCCCGGCUUUCUUGGUUUUAAGUGUUAACACUAUUUAUUUAUUUCACAACUCGGUUUUAUCACAGACUAUAAUUAUUUAUUCCACUUUUAUAUGUGCCGACAGGAUUUCCAAAUCGCGAAUAGUUUUAAGAGAUUAAUAUACUAAUUGACUGAACUGACUCCUAAUUUAGAAGGUGCAUUGAAUUAUAUGAGUGACAAUUUUAGAGGUUCCACAAUAUAAUUAAUUCCACCUUCGCACGACACGCCACAAAUUAGGAUUUCAUCCCCACCAUCUGGAUGUGUGACGCUCCUCCAAGGUGCGGUUUUCAAGGACCUUUCUUCCACGUACUACAAUGCUGUGGAAUUAACUUCCUUGUGCGGUGUUUCUGUGACGAUAUGACAUGGGUACUUUCAAAAAAAGCGCGUGCACCUUCCUUAAAGGCCGGCAAAACGCUCUUAUGAUUCCUCUGGUAUUGCAAGAGAAUGUGGGCGGCGGUGAUCACUUAACACCAGGUGACCCGUACGCUCGUUUGUCCUCCUAUUACAUAAAAAAAAAAAUGUACUUAAGCCGUACACACGUCGGUCUCUUUUACGCGAGGUCAAUUUUAUGAGUACCAAGGAGAGUUAUUGUUCAACUCUCAGGUUGUGGCUCCAUCUACAGGAUCUACUUUACAGUUGAUAACCUGCUCAACCCCAAUAUGUGUAUAUGUGAAAAUUGACUUGAAAUGUCGCACUGUCAAAUCUAAACAAUUAAUACCACGAUUUAUGAACGAUACGUCACUCGAGACAGUUAUUGUUUCGUUCUUGACACUGUUAUAAAUACAUCGAGAUGUUUUUUAUUUUGUCCAGUAGCGAUGGACUCACAUAAGAAGCUCGCCUAAAUUCCUUUUACCAACUUAAUUACUCGAACGAAGCUGACUGCUACAGUGCAGCUUUAGUUCAUGUAUUUAAUUAUCAGAAAUGAAAGAAAAACUACUUACGUAUUUACCGUCAGUUUUAAUAGUCUAUCGCAUCGUACCACAGCGUGGUAUCGGAUCUAGUGCCCGAAUUGACAAGUAAAAUAUAUCAUAACCAUGAAGGAUCACAAACCAUACUAUACCAAAAACAAUACCAUGAACAAUUUGUACUUGUUUUAAUUUUGGCGUUGCGUAGAGAUGUGGGUUCUCUCUGCAUUCUCUACCGCAUUUAUCACGGGGAGUGCUCAGAGGUGCUGUGCGGGUUCAUACCAGCUGCCGAAUUUCACAACCUGACAUUACGUCGAAAAUGCGAAAUUACACCCGCAUAAUGUUGAAGUCCGGGUUUCUGCAACGGCGCAUUUUGCGAGGAACUUCUUGCCUCGCACACCCACUUUGUGGAAUCAAUUAUCGGCUGCAGAUUUCCAGAACCGAUACGACUUACCGCCGUUCCCAAUAUACUAUCAACAGAUAGAGAUAAAUUACUACCUUCUACUGUCAAUAAUCUGAAGCUGUCCUAAUAUACCCGAUAAGUCGGUGUGGUUUUCAAGGAGCUUUCUUCCACGUACUACAAAGCUGUGGAAUGAGCUUCCUUGUGCGGUGUAUCCGGGACGAUACGACAUGGGUACCUUCAAAAAAAGCGCGUGCACCUUCCUUAAAGGCCGGCAACGCUCUUGUGAUUCCUCUGGUGUUGCAAGAGAAUGUGGGCGGCGGUGAUCACUUAACAACAGGUGACCCGUACGCUCGUUUGUCCUUCUAUCCAUAAAAAAAAGGCAUUCCUAUCGCCUUAUUCACGCGUGAAUUGCAAUUUCCAUACAACGCUGGUAAGCUGUAAGUCGUCCCAUUACAGCGUGUACGGAUAAGAUGAGUUACCGUCGAUAAGUUAAUUGGUCAACAAAAAAGUCAACGAUAGUUACGAUUUUUCAUCUUACCAGUAGGCCACAACCGGAGAUAGACUGAAUAUUGGGAAUAGUCGUUAGGGACCCUCAAUCAUAGAGCAUAUUCCCAACUUAAAUGCUGGCUACGCAUCUCUUGAUCAUCUUUUGCGGAUGUCCUUGGGCUGUUGCCUCAUCACAUAACCUUGUAAGCCCUGUGGUCCCUCUAAAUGGACCAAAUAAUCAUAGUCAUUAGGGCCGAUACAUUUAACGCCAACGGUACCUUUAAAGGGACCAAUACCUCGUUCAAAUUAUAAUACUGGCGCGUAGUAAAAAAGUUAAUAAUUAGUGGAUGACUUUUAGAAGAAGAAUAGAGAGUUCUUAAGUAAAAGAAAAAAGUGUCAGCUGUCAAUGUUUGCCAUUUCGUCAUUCAAUAUGGGCGCACACUAUGUCUAGGUAAAAAAAUCUCAAAUAAUAUUAGUAAUGUUUAAGUUUACCACUUUAAUUAUAAAUGGUUAUUAAAUUUAAAUUAUCAUUGAACAUUCCUACACAAUUAUUUACUCGAUUCUGUGUGAAUUCCAACCAGGAGUCCAAAGCAAACUUUUAUAUUACCUUGCAAAGGCCCUUCGGUGGCAUGGUAUAGUUGUAGUGUCAAAGGAUUCUUUCUGUUCUAAUUGUAUAUUAAAUAUUGUGAUUAAAAAUAGCCGAGUCGUUUAUAUUUAAAUUUGAAAUUAAUAAUAAUAUUUCUAUGCGAAGGACUAUCGGUUUAAUAACAAGGUUUUUGCCUUUUUAGUUUUAAGUAGUAGUUAAAACCGGAUGUCCUUUUAAAUGAACUACAUAUUUUCUUAUUUUUUUUAAAUUUUUUUCAAAACAUCUUAAUGCCUCCACUUUAUUUCAAGUCAACCUGAUAUUACCACUAAAAAAUCUUAAUUUGAAGAGCUCGGCCUUUAUUACUAUAAAAAUUUGGACUCUUUAAAGAGUACCUUCGGUCAUAAUUACAACCCGCCCUCGAAUAACCUUCGGUCUAACGAUGUUAAGUAUCUUGCCCGUUUGACCCAUUUUAUAUAAGAAAAAAGAUUCACAAUCCAUCUAACCUUACUAAAACUGGAGUAGUGGAGUAGAUUAGAGUUUUUAAAAUUUUAAUUCAAAACCGAGUAGUAGUUAGUUUGAGUACUUUGUAAUUUGAGUAGAUGUUGCCAGCUUUGGUUAUAUAACUGUAUAGUCGAAACAAGAAAAUCUAUGCGUCCUUUUUCUUGUGAUCAUUUUCAUAUUGUCUCGUUGAAUAAUAUAAUAAUUUAAUGGAAUGAUUCGCAGCCUUGGCUCUUACCUCUUCGGGCUGACACUCUCGAUUGUCGUUUAUUUUACUUGCGGGCCAUUAAUUCUCAUCAUUACCGCGCAUGAUCUGGCAUAAUCACCGUCAUUCUUCAAGGAUACAAUGUUGGGAAAACUUAACUAUCAAUAAAAUGAUAUUAUAUGUAAGAAGUACCUUUCAAUUGAAAUUUUAAAAUAUAUACGGAUUUGGCAAAACCCUCAGUUACUUUAUUUCGUUAUUUCGUAAUUUUUUAAACGAAAUAAGGAAUAUGCUAUUCAUAUCUACAUUUAGUAAGGACUAUCAUGAUAAUUUAGAGCAUUAAAAUUUUAAUACGCACAUAACUAGUAUGUAAUAGGUAUUUUGUUGUGUUUUCUGUUGUAUGUUUGAACUAUUCAUACACUUACAUAUAAAAAUGUACUCAAUUCUCAUGUAAAAGGAGGGACGGCCGAUAAGUUUGCGAUCUAAGGUCUUCAUGAAUAAAAAAAAAUAACGAAAAAAGAAAACACUAUUCCAAAACAAUAGAUAUAAUAUGCACUAAAAAGUAAACAAAAAUUGCGUAUUUUUAUACAAUUGCAAUUUAUACAUGGGAAGCACCAGCUUUCAAAUAAAAAAAGAAAUAUCAAAAUCGGUUCACCCAGUCCAAAGUUUUGAGGUAACAAACAUAAAAAAAAAAUUGAGAACCUCCUCCUUUUUUGAAGUCGGUUAAAAAGUAAAGAUUUUCAAGUGAUUAUUUACUUACUUCCUUGGGUACACAUAAUAAUAAUAGAUAAUUAAUAAACAGGCCAAUAAAGUUUACAAUAAUGUUAGAGUGUGUUAUGGCGUUCCAUUUUAUUUUAUACUAGCUGACCCGACACGUUGUUCUGUAUAUAAUAAAUAAAAUAAUGUUUUUAUAUGAAUUUGUCAAACAAAUUAUAACAUCAAAAAUUACCUUCGUAAAAUAUGCACCCUGCUGUCGUAAUGAAAUUGUUUCACAGCAGAACUGUCAAACCGUGCGUAAAUAAAUUCUCUUAUACAAAUUAUGUAUGGACACAUCAAAGGAAAAACAAAUUUGUGUUUUUUAUUUAAUUUAGCAGCAUUGUGUUAGUGACAAUGAUUGUUAACACAUAUUUAUUUCAGACUAGAUGUCAAGACACUACAGUAAUGCAUUUAUUUUACUGCGUAAUAUUCUUUAGAUUUCUCUUCAAAAUGGUUUUGUAAGGCCCUUCAUCUCACUGUCGUCCAAAUGUUCCCAUAAUUCUUCUGUAAAUUAUGCCUGACCCAGUAAAUUAGCGUAAUACUAGCUACUAAUUGUGGUCCCAUAAUCCCUCAAUCAUAACAUUCUUUCCUAUUGAUGAUGGCCAUAAUCAUCACGCUGACUAUAGCACUUUUGUAAUUCCUCGGUUGCCUUACUUUUUCCAUUCAUCGUCUUUUGUUUAAACUCGGUAACAUGUUGACGAAUCCAAGUUUCAUCAACCAUCACAAUCUUGCAGCGUCGAUGUUAUAACCCAUAGAACAUAAAUUGAGUGAACGCUUUCAGACCACUUUAGGAACACAGGUCUUGUAUAAAUGCCAGUAGCGACGUCUUACAAUAUGUUAUGAUUGUUACCUGACCAUUCAGUACCGUAAUACGUCGAUAAAUACCACAAACUACAACAAAUACGGGUCAACACAAAUAAUCUUCACAACACUCCAGGUGUCGAGUGGUUUCAGCAAUCACAGUACCCAGCGGACACUUUCAUGUGCAAAUGUUCAUUUAAACUCUCACCAACUUUUUUCAUAAUUUAUUCUUCGAUAAUUCGGUAUUAUUUUCUACUUUUAUUCUCGUACUCCUUGUCCUCCUAGCUCUGCUCUUGUUUACCAUCACCGCUACUAUUAUAUGAUGAUACUCUUCAAAACGAUUUUUUUUUUCGUGUUAUUUUUGUAACAAGGAAUUUGAUCACAAGUCUGUUAAAUUGCGACAAUUUCCAAUUUCCUCGUAAUAUAAAUAGGGGUGUUAUUUGUAAUAACAAUGAGUCUCACAAUUAGUGCUAAAGGUAACGAGCUGAUGAGUCAUCGCUAGUAUCGAAGGUCGCGAACCUAUCAGCCGUCUCUCAUAACAUAACAUUGUGCCUAACAUUGUUCAUUUACAUUGCCAUUAAUGAAAUAAUCUACUAUAUUGUAUCUGAAAUGUCAAAACAAAAUAUAGCACGAAUGCAUGAUAUAAAUAGUUACCAAAGUGCUUGUUAUCGCAUCGCCGUACAUACGGCUGUAUUAAGAAAAUCCUCUUGAAACGUACGUGUCAUACAUACACAAUGGGUGUCUUAUGCAAAGAAGAUUAUUCAUUCUUAUUUAUUUGGUUGUUGCCAAAAUGUUAUAUUAUCAGCCAAAGUACCAGGCUAUAAAUGCAUGUACUUCGUACAGAGUGCAUCGAAUAGCAAAAAUGAUCAACAUCAUGUCAACAACUGACUUAAUUGUAUGUGUUACGUAUUUUUGUAUAUUGUAGUUAUAACUGCUGUACAUACCGUGUAUGUUGUGUGUAGAACCGUAGAAUGUUUCACAUUGUUAGAGUUGUAAGUUUUAAGGGAUAACAAUACAAAUGUUUAUAUUAAAUUUGAUUUGCGGGUAGAUGUGAAAAAACAACAUUUAAUGAAUAAUACUAUAGCGAUUUAUUUUUUGUGCAAUUUUUCUAUUUAUAUCACAACACAUGAUUUUCAAAAUCGAAAACGCUUAAGAUUUAUUUUGUAAUACAAAAACAAUUUUAACUGUGACAUGAUCGGCCUAUUGGAUCGUUCUUUACACUUGGCUUAUAUUUAUAUGCUUUAAAUGUGAAGAGUUUAAUAAAACAAAGGGUGUAUCAAACACUUAAAUCUCUAUCUUCCAGCGGAAUAUCAUUUAAGUUAGAUUUAAUAUUCAGUAUAUUGAUAAUAUAAUGAAUUGAUUUCGCUUUUAUCUUUGUGACGUGACAUAUGUCUCUCAUAUGAGUUCCAACUCUUGCUAUGAUUUAGCCAAUUUUUAGUUGUCUUUGUGUAAAUAAAAGUAGUUUUAAGUAAUACUUUAUGCGAUAACAGUAGCAGGUAAUUGUGCUGGUUUGUCGAAUAUUAUAAUUAGAAUGAUAAAGUUUUGUGCUGAUUUGGCCUUCUAUUAUUAUAAAUAUAAAAAACAAAAUGUUAAGAAUGUAUUUAAUCAGACAUUCUUAACUUAAAAUAUACGUGGAUGUUUAAAUUUAAUUAAGAAUCAUAUUUAAAACGUGCCUAAAUCUAUGUAGUACUUAAUGCACAAUAAUGUGGAAUUUAAAAAUUCAAAUACGUUAACAAUAAUAAAAAAGUUGUCUACUGAAACGAAAAUAUCGUCAAACUAAUGUUUCAAUAGUGCAAUACAUACAUAAAUCCAUUGAAUGGUGGUAUAAUUUGGCGAUAAAUUUAUUUCUUAUACCGAUAGGGAUGUUAAUUAAGUUAUAUAUAUGAAUAGUGUUCGAAAAAUCGUCUAUUAAAGAUGUUUGGAUAUUUUGUUCUCUGAUCGGCAACAAUCAGCAAGAUUGUCAAUUGCUGUAGAUAUCAUAUUAUAUGGUAGUUAUAAAAUAUAGUAUUUUUAUUAGACAAAAAUACAAUAAAUGUGUGAAGUCCA